AUGACUGAACGCCGUUUUGCACAGUUCAAACUUGUCUUACUAGGAGAAUCUGCGGUGGGAAAAUCGUCCGUCGUCCAGAGGUUCGUGAAGGAUUCGUUCAGCGAUUUCAGAGAGUCCACCAUUGGAGCAGCAUUUCUCACCCAGACCGUGGAUAUCGAUGACACCACCACAGUGAAGUUUGAGAUUUGGGAUACAGCAGGCCAGGAAAGAUACCGUUCGUUGGCUUCCAUAUACUACAGAAACGCACAGGCUGCAUUGGUAGUCUAUGACAUCACCCAGAAGGCAUCCCUGGACAAGGCCAAGUACUGGAUUAAAGAGCUACAGAAGCAGGCCAAUAGUGACAUUAUCAUAGCCUUAGUUGGAAAUAAGACCGACCUCCAGGAUCAACGAGAGGUGUCCAUAGAAGAGGCACAGUCAUUCGCACAGGGAAUGGGCCUUCUCUACUUUGAAGUGAGUGCCAAGACUGGUCAAGGUGUCAAAGAGUGCUUCAAACAGAUUGCUGUCAAGUUGCCUAUAGAGGAGAGUCUCAAGAGAAGACGCGAUCGAAAGAAUCGAACCGUCGACUUGAAUCGCAGGCCGAACACCAACGAACAGCAGUGUUCAUGUUGA